ACGAUCUGUUUUACUUCCAGUCUCGGUGACUCUGAAAAAUGGCGGACAUGGAGGAUUUGUUUGGGAGCGACGGUGACAGCGAGAAUGAACACAAAGAUUCUGGAUCGGGGUCUGGCUCUGACUCUGAGCAAGAACAGCCCAGGUCUGUGAGUAAUGCAUCAGGGAGUGACAGUGAAAGGGAAGGUCACCGUGAUGAUGAUGAUGAUGACGACGACGACAGAGAUGCAGGACAGCCCAGUAACAAGGAGCUGUUUGGCGAUGAUAGUGAGGACGAGCAUGGCUCCCAACACAGUGGAAGUGACAACAGGUCAGAGAAGUCAGACAACCAGUCGGAGGCCAGUGUGCAUUCUGAGCAGGAAGACAGUGAGCAUUCAGACAUGGAGCACCACAGUGGUUCAGAAGGGCACCACGAUGAGGAAGAUGGCGGUCACAGGUCUCACGCGGGCAGUCCGCAGUCUGAGGCGGGCAGUCCGCAGUCUGAAGGGGGCAGUCCGCAGUCUGAAGGGGGCAGUCCGCAGUCUGAAGGGGGCAGUCCGCAGUCUGAGGCAGGCAGUCCUCAUUCUGAGGCACCCAGUCCCCGGUCUGAGGCGGCUAGCGCCCAUUCAGAGGCAGGCAGCCCACGGUCCGAGGCAGCUAGUCCCCGGUCUGAAGUCGCGAGCCCCAGGUCUGAGGUUGUAAGCCCCAGGUCCCACACUGCAAGUCCCCACUCUGAGGCUGAGGGCUCAGGAAAAGAGGCCCAUUCGGAGGAUGAGAAGUGGGCCAAAAGUGAUCAGUCAGACGACGAGGCAAAACCACAGCACUCGGAUGAAGAGCACAGGCGCUCUGAUGAUGAUGAAGAAGAACAUCAUCAGGAGCGCAAGUCAGAAUCUCCUAAAGGCAGUGACAGUGAAGAUGACUUUGUGAGACAAAAGCACAAGAAGACAGUAGCAUCAGAUUCUGAUUCUGACAGUGAUGCUGGAGGACACAAAGAAAAUAAACCUGCGGCAGAUGACCUCUUUGGAGAAGCUGAUGAUAUUUCCUCAGACAGCGAUACUGAAAAGCCCACCACCCCAGGACAGCCACUUGACAAUGAGGAUGGAAUGGAAGCUGAUCAUCCAGAGGAAGAACCUGUUCCAGAAACAAGGAUAGAAGUAGAGAUUCCCAAAGUCAACACUGACCUGGGAAGCGACCUCUACUUUGUCAAACUGCCUAACUUUCUCAGUGUGGAACCAAGCAUGUCCUUGCACUUGGGAAAUGAAGUGUUUGAUGUCUACAAGGCUCCACUGCAAGGAGAUCACAACCAUCUCUUCAUCAGACAGGGUACUGGUCUCCAGGGACAGGCUGUGUUUAAGACCAAAUUGACAUUCAGGCCACAUUCCACAGACAGUGCCACUCACAGGAAGAUGACGCUGUCCUUAGCAGACAGGUGUUCUAAGACCCAGAAAAUUCGAAUAUUGCCAAUGGCAGGCCGGGACCCAGAGUCUCAGCGCAAUGAGAUGAUAAAGAAAGAGGAGGAGAGGCUGCGUGCCUCGAUUCGCAGGGAGUCCCAGCAGCGCAGAAUGAGGGAGAAGCAGCACCAGCGAGGACUCAGCGCCAACUACCUUGAGCCUGACCGCUACGAGGAGGAGGAAGAGGGAGAGGAAUCUAUCAGCCUGGCUGCCAUCAAGAGCAAAUAUAGGGGCGGCAGCGGAGUGAGAGAGGAACGUGCCAGAAUUUACUCCUCUGACAGUGAUGAGGGGUCUGAUGAGGAUCGAGCACAGAGACUGUUGAAGGCUAAGAAACUCGACAGUGAUGAGGAAGGUGAAAGUUCUGGGAAGAGGAAAGCUGACGAUGACGACGACGACGACCAUGAGAAAUCCACGAAAAAACCCAAGAAGUACGUCAUCAGUGACGAAGAGGAUGAAGAGGAUGAGUAGGUUUAGAAUGUGUAAUUCUCAUCGCAAAUGCAUCCUCCGUUUCUUUCCACCUGGUUUCUGUCAUCCACGUAGAUAAUGUUCUAGAAUAUUUUGAUAAUCGUUGUUUAAAUCUUUUUGAACCAAUUGUUUGUACAGCUAGUAAAUAAUAAAAAACAAUGUACAAAGCAAAACACCCA